AUGGGAAAGGCUGUUUCAUUACGGGGUUGCUGCUGCAAGUUCACGGUGGUGGUGGCGUUGUGCCUGGCGGGGGCGGUGUUCUUUUGGCCGUGGAGUCCGCAGGUGAGGAUGUCGAAGGUGACGGUGAGGCAGGUGAAGGUGCACCCACUGCCGCCGGUGAGGGCGGACGUGUGGAUUUCGGUGGCGGUGAGGGUGCAGAACAGGGAUGUGUACUGGAUGGAUCUGGAGGAGGUUGACGUCGGGGUGAAGUAUAGAGGGAAGAAGCUGGGUCACGUGGAGUCGAAGAGGUGGCACGUGAGGAGGUGGGGCACAAUCCACGCGUUUGGUGAGCUGGAAUCUAGUGCGCUCCCUUCUGCUGACGUGGCUCAUCUUCUGCAGGAUCUUUCCAAGGGGAAGGUGUUCUUUCACACUGUUACUGAAGUCACCGGCUAUGUUGGCUUUCUCUCCUUCCCCCUCCCCAUCGAGUUCAAGGCAGUACUGGCAUGUGAUGUUCUGGUCAAUACAAAGAACCAUACAAUUAUUCACCAACAUUGUGUUCGUAAGGACUAACCACAAAGGCUCUGCAACCAUGGGGCGAAGGCUAAAAAGAUGCUUGUCUCUCUCCACAUGUAUACAUAUAAUGUAAGUUUGGAUGAUGCCAUGAUGGAUCAAUCUGAACUGCCGCGUAUUCUAAGAUGGUAUAUGACAGAAUUGCAAUUCGCAAAUGCUUGUAAGAUCAUGAUCAUUAUCUUUACGUUGGGUAAAAUUCCAGUGAAAUCAAGACCCUAAAUUGGGCAAUCCUCCCAGGGAAAUGGUAGCAUGCCAAUUGGAUACAUAAGGCUUAGUACACUCAUGUUUAGUUGCUCAUUUUAGAAUGUUAUCAUGUUAUUUCUUUUGUUUUAAUUCUAGAACUAGAAUGUCCAUAUGAUUAGGCCACAUGUUAGGCCCACCUAA